GGGUUGAAACAUUAGAGUAGUGGAUUGCUAGAUCGGAUGGGGAGAGACAGACAGACGAGGAGGCGAAUGGCAGAGAAACUUCCUCUUCCGGCUCACCCACGGGAGGAUAAUGGCAUCGGCCGAGCCUCUUGUGCCGCUUGGAGGGUCGAAGCGGCUCCUGGGAGAGAGAGAGGGUGCCAGGAAGAGCACUCUGGACAACACAGAAUGAGAUGCAGCAUUAAAGUGCAAAAUAAACCAUCAUUCAAAAUAUUUUCCAAUUCCUCUGGAAAGUUUAAAAAAGCAGAUGAGAGACGAGGGGAAAAAUAACAAGAACAACAUUUUCAACUGAAAAAAUAGAGCAAAUGGAACGGGGAAAAAAAUUGAAUGGGAAAUCAAGGAGGAUAAUAUUUAAAUAAAGAAAAAGUGAAGAACAACGUGAAGUCAGUAGGAAGAAAAAGGUUCCAUAUAUAGCCAAAAUUGGCAGGCAUUAAUGAAAGCCUUUCAGGAAGGAAAGAAUGAUUGAACCAAACAACCACCAGGCAAGAGAUCAUAAAUAUUUUUUGCCGCCUCAAGAAUCCAAGCAUAUCAGUGUUGAAAAACCUCUGCAGACUGCCUAAUGUGGGAAAAACACAGAUUGCAGAUCACGACUGAUUCUGGUCAACAGGAUCCAUCCAGUGAAAAGCCAUACAAAUGUUUGGAAUGCGGAAAAAGCUUUUCUCGGAAAAGCUUCCUCAUGAUUCAUGGAAGAAUCCAUACUGGAGAGAAGCUCUAUCAAUGCUCCCAAUGUGACAAAAGAUUUAGCAUUCCUUCUAAUCUGGUGAGACACAAGAGGACUCACACUGGGGAGAAACUCUUUGAAUGUCCUGUUUGUGGGAAAAGUUUCAGUCAAAAUUCCCACCUGGUGGAACACCAGACCACACACACAGGAGAGAAACCUUAUAAAUGUUCUGUUUGUGGGAAAUGUUUCAGUCUGAAUUCCAAUCUGGUGAUACACCAGAGAACUCACACAGGAGAAAAACCAUAUCAGUGCCUGGAUUGUGGGAAACGUUUCAGUCAGAGUUCCUACUUGGUGAAACACCAGAGGACUCACACAGGAGAAAAACCAUAUCAGUGCCUGGAUUGUGGAAAAAGUUUCAGGCAGUCUUCCCAGCUGGUGGAACACCACAGAAUACACACAGGAGAGAAACCGUAUAAAUGCAGUGAUUGUGGAAAAAGUUUCAGUUUGAAUUCCUGCCUGGUGAUACACCAGAGAACUCACACAGGAAUAAAACCAUUUCAAUGUCCGGAUUGUGGUAAAGGUUUCAGUCAGAAUUCCAAUCUGAUGAUACACCAGAGGACUCACACUGGAGAAAAACCAUAUCAAUGUCCGGAUUGUGGGAAAAGUUUCAGUCAGAAUUCCCACCUGGUGAAACACCAGAGGACUCACACAGGAGAAAAACCGUAUGAGUGCCUGGCUUGUGGGAAAAGUUUCAGUUGGAAUUCCAACCUAGUCGAACACCAUAGGACACACACGGGAGAGAAACCGUAUAAAUGUAGUGAUUGUGGGAAAAGUUUCAGUCAGAAUUCCUGCCUGGUGAUACACAAGCGUACUCACACAGGAGAGAAACCAUAUGAGUGUUCAGAAUGUGGGAAAACUUUCAGUUGCAAGUCUGAACUUGGGAAGCACCAGAAGACCCACACAGGAGAAAAACCAUAUGAGUGUUUGUAUUGUGGGAAAACUUUCAGUAAGAGUUCCAAUUUGGUGAUACACCAGAGAACUCACACAGGAGAAAAACCAUAUCAGUGUCCCGCUUGUGGGAAAGGUUUCAGGCAGAAUUCCCAUCUGGUGGAACACCAGAGGACUCACACAGGAGAGAGACCGUUUGAAUGUCCGGAUUGUGGGAAAGAUUUCAGUACUAGGUCUAGCCUUAUAAAUCAUGUAAGGAUUCACAUGGGGGAGAGACCAUAUGAGUGUCCAGAUUGUGGGAAAAGCUUCAAGGAGAAUUCCUACCUUGUGAUACAUCGGAGGAUUCACACAGGAGAAAAACCAUAUAAGUGCCCAGAUUGUGGGAAAGGUUUCAAUUGGAAUUCUGAGAUGAAAAUACAUCAGAGGACUCACACUGGAGAGAAACCAUAUGAGUGUCCUGAUUGUGGGAAAGGUUUCUCUCGGAAUUCUAACCUAGUGAAACAUCAGAGGACUCACCCUGGCCAGAAACCUUUUGAAUGUCCUGAUUGUGGGGAAAGCUUCUCUCGGAAUUCUGACCUCGUGAUACAUCAGAGGACUCACGUGGGAGAGAGACCAUAUGAGUGUCCAGAUUGUGGGAAAAACUUCAAGGAGAAUUUCAAGCUCGUGAUACAUCAAAGGAUUCACACAGGAGAAAAACCAUAUAAGUGCCCAGCUUGUGGGAAAGGUUUCAAUUGGAAUUCUGAGUUGGAAGUACAUCAGAGGACUCACAGUGGAGAGAAACCAUAUGAGUGUCCUGAUUGUGGAAAAGGUUUCUCUCGGAAUUCAAACCUGGUGAAACAUCAAAGGACUCACACAGCAGAAAAACCAUAUCAGUGCCCGGAUUGUGGGAAAGGUUUCAAUUGGAAUUCUGAGUUGGAAGUACAUCAGAGGACUCACACUGGAGAAAAACCAUAUGAGUGUCCUGAUUGUGGGAAAGGCUUCUCUUGGAAUUCCAACCUGGUGAAACAUCAGAGGACUCACACAGGAGAAAAACCAUAUGAGUGUCCAGAUUGUGGGAAAAGUUUCAGUGAUAAUUCGUACUUGGUGAAACACUAUGGGAAUCACACAGGACUGAAACCGUUUGAAUGUUCAGAUUGUGGAAAAGGAUUAAAUUCGAAUUCUGAGCUGGUGAUACAUCAGAGGAUUCACACAGGAGAAAAACCAUAUAAGUGUCUGGAAUGUGGUAAACAUUUCAUACAAAAUUCCCACCUGGUGAAACACCAGAGGACUCACACAGGAGAGAAACCAUAUGAGUGUCCAGAUUGUGGGAAACAUUUCACUAGGAAUUCUGACAUGGUGAUACACCAGAGGAUUCACACGGGAGAGAAACCAUAUAAGUGUGCAGAUUGUGGGAAACAUUUCACUCGCAAUUCUGACAUGGUGAAACAUCAAAAGACACAUACCGAAGAGAAACCAUAUAAAUGUGAUUGUGGGAAAAGUUUCAGUCAGAAUUCCUACCUGGUGAAACACCAGAGGAUUCACACGGGAGAGAAACCAUAUAGAUGUGCAGAUUGUGAGGAAAGCUUCCAUCGGAAUUCUGACUUGGUGGUACACCAGAGAACUCACACAGGGGACAAACUGUAUAAAUGUCUGGAUUGUGGUAAAAUUUUCACACGGAAUUCUAACCUGAUGAUGCACCAGUUGACUCACACAGGAGAAAAAUUAAAUGAGUGUCUGUUUUGUGGGAAAAGUUUCUUUCAAAAUUCAAACUUGGUGAUUCACCAGAGGACUCACACGGGUGAGAAACCAUAUGAAUGUCCAGAUUGUGGGAAAAGUUUCCGUCAGUCCUCCCACCUGGUGAGACACCAGAAAACUCACACGGGAGAAAAACCAUAUGAGUGCCUGGAUUGUGGGAAAGGUUUCAGUUGGAAUUCUGACCUGGUGAUACACCUGAAGACGCACAAAGGAGAGAAAUUGUAUGAAUGUCCAGAGUGUGGGGGGGAAUUCAGUUGCAAGACUGAACUGGUGAAACACCAGAAAACUCACAAAGAAAGGAGACUGUAUGAGUGUCUGGAUUGUGGGAAAAGUUUUCUGCAUAAUUCAAAGCUGGUGUUACAUCAGAGGACUCACACAGGAGAAAAACCAUAUAAGUGUCUUGAGUGUGGGAAAUGUUUCUUUCGGAAUUAUGACUUGGUGAUACACCGAAGGACUCACACAGGAGAAAAACCAUAUGAGUGUCUUGAGUGUGGGAAAUGUUUCUCUCGGAAUUAUGACUUGGUGAUACACCGGAGGACUCACACAGGAGAGAAACCGUAUGAAUGUCCAGAUUGUGGGAAAGAUUUCAGUACUAGGACUAGCCUUCUAAAUCAUGUAAGGUUACACAUAGGAGAGUAACCAUUUGUAUACCUAGAUUGUGGACAGUGUUUUGCUCACAAUUCCUCACUUAUUACACAAGAAAUGCUACUUGGGGCAAAAUUUGAAGUUUGUAGAGGACUCUUGAAUUUCUUAUCUCUUAUGUAAGUGUACCUCAGCAUGUAAUAUUUGGAUGAUUUUUUUUAGUGAAACACGUAUCAAACAUCAGGGAGGAAUAGAAUAAUAAAAUUGGAAGGGACCUUGUAGGUCAUCUAGUCCAAACCAAGCAGAGGACCCUAUACCAUU